AUGGGAGGCUGCUCCUCUGUAUGGGACGGGACUCUGUCUCCGGACAGCUUCAACACCUCCGCGGCGGCGCUGGUCAAGAGGUGGAAGGAGAUCGAGGUCGACGAUUCCCUUCCUGAGUGGACAUGGAAGCCGUGCAGCAAAUCGGGGAUGCUGUCGGAGGUAGAGGGGUAUCUAGCCCUGGAAAGAGUGUACCGCAGUUGUGGAAGAAGCCAGGAGCAGAUUGAGGAGUUGGAAAAGUUCGAUGAUGCAGGGGAUGUAGCUUGGGUCGAGAACUCUAGUGACAAUGUUCAUGUUUAUGAUUUCCAUGUUGUCUACAGCUUCUCCUACAAAGUCCCAGUGCUAUACUUUCGGGGUUAUCACACUAGAGCAUCCCCAUCUAAGCAAGCCGUGGUUGACCCUGCACCCCUGUGCAACCAGUGA